AUGUGGAAUUAUCCAAUCCUAAUGCAGUCACACAACACUUACUGCACUAAACACACACACAUAGCAGACAGCAAUGGGCCACAAAAUGGCUCCCCUCAGUUUUUCUAAGGAAAUCAGGUGAUCAUGCAAUUAGCCGUUUUCUAAGCCCAAGGAAAGUAAUUAUUCCCUCAUACUUCUACUGCAUACUUUGAGGAUUAUUAUGGAAAGAUUAAACGAAGAGGUACCUAAAACGGAUGCACAGGCUGAUACUUCUGUAACACCACCUCAUCAUAAUCAUCACCAUCAAGACCAUCAGCAUCACCACAGUCAUCACGACUCCCUGCAGAAGAAAGAAAACUCGGACAAACAGGAAAGCACGACAGGCCAAGACUGUGGGGAGGGGCUGGCAGUCCACAGAGACCAACGCCAGUCUGCUGCAGGGGCCGCAGUGCUGAUAAAUGGCGUUACCAAGGAGACAGCUCACAAAUCCCACGAUGCCCAGGACGCGGAUAUGCCGGUGAUAGAGCUCGUGAGGAGAGGUGGGGUUUUGGAUAUAAAAGGAAAGGAGCUGAAAGAAGAGCUGGCACAAAAAGUGCAGACCACCGAACUGUGCAGACCUCCGAUUCCACUUGUGUUGUCUCAGUGUCAUCCAGCCAGUGAAACCCGAAUGGUUCAGUUGAGCCCUCCUGCUCUGAAUUUACCGGCAACGAGAGCCAUGCUGUACAACAUCGGUCAGCCACUGUCCACAAUAAAUGGUGGCUAUAUGGGAGAUCAGGAGUCCUUCUCCAUGUUUAAUAAUAAUCGAAUGAAAAGAAGACCUGCUCCUUAUGAAGUGGAAAUAACUGAAGGUCCUCAGAAAGUAGUCAGAAGAAUUUUCACCAACAGCCGAGAGAGGUGGAGGCAGCAGAACGUGAAUGGUGCUUUUGCAGAGCUCCGUAAACUUAUACCAACUCAUCCUCCUGACAAAAAACUUAGCAAGAAUGAAAUUCUCAGACUGGCCAUGAAGUACAUUAACUUCCUAGCCAAACUGCUUAAUGACCAGGAAGAGGAAGGCAGCCAUGUUAUAAAAGAAAUCAAGGAGCCUGGGAUGGUACAAGAUGACCUACUCCAAGACAUCCUGUCUCCAAACUCGAGCUGUGGAAGCUCCUUAGAUGGAACUGCAAGCCCUGAUAGCUUCAUAGAGGAACACGAACCACUGGAAUCAAAACACACAAGAAAUCUCCAUCACACAGUGCUGCAUUUAGAAGGCAGUGGGCAACGGUGACCCACGUAGUAGUCUAUUCAGCAAGCAUUAUGCAUUCUCGGGAAGGACACUGAGGUGAUAUGUUUUCUCUGCAGACUGUUGAGACUGAAGAAAUGAAACCUGUUUUAUCUCAGAUGUCAUAGACAACACAGGUUUUAAUGCAAUGCCAUACACAAAGUAUAUUACUAGCUUGAUGCACUCAAGCGAGUAACCAUAUUUUUUGGAAACUCAUGCUGCAAGCACAGGGCCCCUCUUAAUAUGCUUCUCUUUGUAACCCAGCUGCUAUUUACUUAAGUUAUUAUGGGGAGUAGUAAAAACUUUCUCUAAGAUUAUUUCACCUGGCUUCAGUUCAUUGCAUUUUUGCGCAGGUGGGUCCUUUACACAAAAAUGUUAUACAUUGCAUGACUGAAAAUGUGCAGUCAGAAAGAGCUUUAUUGAGUGGAUGUCAUCAGUUCUGUAAAGUAAUAUGUAGGUCUUAAGCAGAAACAAUGAAGUCUGCCUCCUGAUGCAUAUGCAAAUAAUACAUUGAUGGGAAACAGAGCUAACAGCUCUUUCAAAAAUGUGUCUUGAUAGCAUGGCUCUGAUAUAGAAGGUAUUUUUGUGUACCUUUAUUCAGAACAAAGUUAUGAAUAAUUGCAAGACAGAGGUACUUUGAAAAUGUUAAUACAUUUGAAAGGUUUUGGAAAUAAUAGUCCUACACGCCUGUCCUGGGAGCACUGAUUCUUUCACAUGUUUGCAUCAUCUAACUUUAAUGUCAGCUUCUGUUCUGCCCCAAACUCUAUGCAUGCCCUCACUUUAACAUGGCUAAUCUCACUGCCAAUACAAUAUGCAGUGAAGCAGGCCUGUAAAAUCAAGGGCUUUGUUAACAGAAAGCUUCUUGCAUUGAAGAAGCAAACUGCAUUCUGGAAUUCACUUCCGGUGUUUGCAGAUAUGGUUGACGAUUUGCUGACCACAGUAUUUUGAGGUGGUGUGUAUCAAUGCAACCCUACGUUUGCUAUUAAGUGAUCUGAGUUGCUCUGAGCUUUUGGAGAACUUGUGUGCAAAUGCUGCAAUAUAAACUGGCUUUUUGGAUAGUAGAAUAUUAAGCUAGUUUUCUAUCUGGAAAAAGAAAAUAAAUUGAAUAAACCAUUUUUUCAUUAGCACUCUACUUCCAUUUUCUCAGAUACCUAGAGAGCUCAGUGACUGUAAUGCCCUCUAGGGAUCAUUCACUUUUUCAAAAAUCAUUAUUCCAAGUAUUAUAUUUGAAGUAUUUUUCAUUCCUUUGUAUAAUUUAGAUUAUUUGGUACUCUGAAAAUAUUUGACUUGGAAGACUGAGAUGCUUAAAUACUGAUGUUUACCUGUUUAUAAAUCAUUAUAAGAAUACUAUUUUAUGAGGCUAGCAACAGUAAGUUUAUUUACAAUACACAGGCCAAUUAAGAGUGGAUCCUAUUAUGUUUUUUUUGGAUACUAUUCUUACUAAAUGUGCAGUUGGAUAUAUGGAGAAGGGAACUUUCUUUUUCUUGUGGUUUAUAAAAAAAAAUGCUACUGCUAUUCUCUGUAAAAAUGUACAUUUUUGUUGAUGAUGAAAUAUGCUGUAUAAAGUUGUGGACUGGAAAAUUUGAAUGAAAGCAUUUUUUGUAGCCAAACUGAAACAAAGGGGUACAAAUGCACUCUCUUUACAGUCUUUGUAGAGCCUUAAAAAACAAAACAAACGUUACAUAUAGCAAAAGGAGCAGUGUAUGACUGUACUGUAUUGUGACUGGUAUGGUACAUUUUAUUUUUUUUCUGCUUGCUCGGUGUCUCAGUGUAUAAAGCCUGAUGUGUACGUUUAUACUGCACCUUCAAUACAUGUUGUACGGUAUGUGAUAAUUUUGGUUUCUGCA